GCGGGCUAGAUGAGCUUUGGAAAUGCCGUGAGAAGAAGAGGGAUAACUCACGAGAAGUGUUAGAGAAGAAAAAUGCCCAUAUCUCGGAUUGCAGUGGGAAGGCCAGAAGAGGCGACACACCCUGAUGCUCUCAAGGCUGGGCUUGCUGAAUUCAUAAGCACUCUCAUCUUUGUAUUCGCUGGACAAGGCUCCGGCAUGGCUUUCAGUAAGCUAACAAGCAACGGAUCGACUACCCCAGCUGGGCUUGUGGCUGCAUCUUUGGCACAUGCUUUUGGGCUUUUCGUGGCUGUGUCUGUUGGUGCCAACAUAUCAGGUGGCCAUGUCAACCCUGCAGUGACAUUUGGGGCCUUUGUUGGAGGGAAUAUCUCUUUCUUCAGAGGCAUUCUUUACUGGAUUGCCCAGUUACUAGGCUCAACCGUUGCUUGUUUGUUCCUCGAGUUCUCUACUCAUGGCAUGACAACGACGGCCUUCUCCUUGUCAACAGACGUGACGGUCUGGGAUGCAUUUGUACUAGAGAUUGUGAUGACCUUUGGAUUAGUGUACACGGUGUACGCAACGGCAAUCGACCCCAAGAAAGGCAGCCUUGGGACCAUUGCGCCCAUUGCAAUCGGCUUCAUUGCGGGGGCCAACAUCCUUGCUGGUGGGGCCUUUGAUGGUGCAUCCAUGAACCCAGCAGUAUCCUUCGGCCCAGCACUCGUGAGCUGGAACUGGGUUAACCACUGGGUGUAUUGGGCCGGACCCUUGAUUGGUGGUGGCCUUGCAGGACUCAUCUAUGAGUUCUUCUUCAUUAGCAACUCUCACGAGCCCUUGCCAUCAUCCACGGACUACUAAAAUAAAGCCAAGAAUGAACACACGGUAUAGAAGCAACAAGGGGACGGGCAUCUUCUCCCUUUCUUUCACUAAAUUUGGGGUGAGUUCUUUUCUUUCAUUUUCUGUUUUCGGAUAUGUUUUUGUUGUUUCCAUGGGAUGAGUUGCUUGUAUUGGUGGCCAGCCCAAGUGGGUUCGGUGGCGUGAUUUAUUGUUUCCUAUAAUUGUUAUGCGAACUACCUUAUGAAUGUCCUUUUCUUUUA